AUGUUCGACACAUUCGCAAGGCUCUUAUCGAUUCCUUUUUAUUCCUGGUUUCGCCUUGGUUUCCUCCUAUACCUUAUCCUUCCUCAAACUCAAGGCGCAAGGGUCCUCUACCAAACACAUGUUCAUCCAUGGCUUCACAAUAAUGAGCUUGCUAUUGACGAUUUAAUAGCCUCCGCCCAUGAACGUGCGAAAGCGGCAGGUGUGACAUAUCUCAAUCAGGCAAUAGAAUUGAUCAGACAGCACAUCUUUGGUCUGCCGCCUAAAGAGCCAACACCGCCAUCAACACCUUCAGCUUAUUCGUAUACACACAAUCUCAUGGCGCGCUUCAAUCUGCCAUCUGCUAGACCUUCGUUCCCAUCGAACCCUAUUGGUGGUGCUACUAGCACUGCAACUGAUUUUUAUUCGCUCCUUGCCUCAGCAGUAACCGCUGCUACCUCGUCCAACGCUGCUACUGGUGGAUCUGAAGGUCGAGAUUUGUCGAAUAGUGGAAUGUUAAUACCACCCCAUGUAUCUGGAAAUGAACGUAUAACCUUCAUUCAAGCACAACGUGAACGUCUUUCAAUACUUCUCUCGGCAUUGGAUAAAGAAGCGCAAACUUUACAAAAUGAAAAGCGCGUCCCUAGGAAUAUAUCUAGUAUGUCAUUUGAUGGCACUAGCAGUGAAGAUGAUAACCUCGAUCGACCAAAGAGCUCUAUGAGUGGCAUGACCUCAAGAAAGAGUGAGCCUGAUUUUGAAAAAAUUGAUGCAGAUUCUGGGACGGAAGAAGUUGGAAAUCGAAGAAGAGAAGCGGAGAGAACAUCCAGUGCAAAUUGGAUGCCGUGGGCAUGGGGUGCAAAGUCAACGUCUCCAACUGGCAACUUCUCCGACGAUAAAGGGAAGAGCUCAGGUGUCGACGCAUAA